CUCUUUUCUCUUGUCUACAUCAGUGGCGUUUCAACCCUGAUGACAAAAGCUGUCGACAUUGUGUGGAGCUGGACUUGAGAUCUGCGAUUUUUAAAUGUGUAUGGUUAUAUUUGCACCGAUUUUUGCCAUCUGUGCUUUUGCAACAUGUGGAGGAUAUUAUGGUCAUCUCCAGGUUAAGGUGGACUGUGCAGACAGGAGGCAGAGUAACCUCAGCAUCAACAUUGAUUUUGCCUAUCCUUUCAGAUUAAAAGAUGUGCAUUUCCAGGCUCCUCUGUGUGAGGCAAAGAGGGAGGAGAUCCUUUUCCUGGAUGGCGACUUUUCCUCGGCUGCUCAGUUUUUUCUGACCGUAGGAGUUUUUGCUUUCCUUUACUCUUUGCUGGCGACCAUCGUCUAUGUCUUCUACCAGAACAAGUACCUGAGGAACAACAGAGGCCCGCUCGUUGAUUUUGUUGUUACAGUCAUCUUCUCCUUCAUGUGGCUGGUCAGCAGUUGCUGUUGGGCAAAAACUCUUUCUGAUAUCAAGAAGGCCACAAACCCAACGCAGGUGCUUCUGCUCAUCUCAGCCUGCAGAGCUCAGGAGAACAAAUGCACGGCCACCCAGGAGCCUCUCUGGUCACGACUUAAUACAUCUGUGGUUUUUGGUUUUGUGAACGUCGUCCUCUGGGUUGGAAAUAUUUGGUUUGUUUUCAAAGAGACAGGCUGGUACAAGACGGGUCAGAGAUAUCCAACCAGGAGUGCUUCUGGGAAACGCGCUAGUGAAAUGCGGCAGCGGCUCUACAGCGAGAGCAGCUUCGAGCAGUCGGAGGAGGGUUUAGGUCCACAACCCUCCAGGCAAGGCAGCCAACAGUUCAACAGACAAGGUAGCUUCAACCAGACACAAGUAAGCUUGAGCUUACCGCACGCAUAUCUCGGCAAACCGGUUAUUCACGACAGGGAGAAUAAAGUGGCUUCUCAAGGGCCGAUGAUAUUUGUCAAUGAGAUGUGAAUUCGCUCUUGGUGAAAUGUUUACAUGGUGAAUAAGAUGGGAAGAUUAUUAGCUUAAGAUAAACACUGAUGGUGUUUCAGGCAGGGGAUCGGUGCCACCCUAAGCCCUGCAGCUAGGCACGCCAAUGGAGAGUGGUGCUUGUACCGUGGUCUAAAAUAGAGCCCAUAAUAUAACUGCAAACUUUAGCUCAGACAGCUUAUUAUAACAUAUUAAGUAUGAUGUAAUGCAAAGUAUCCAUUAAGUGAUACAAAGUACUGCUCUACAUGGGAGACGUUGGAGAUCUUACAAGCUAACAGUUUUGAAAUGUAGAAAUAUUUCCUUGUGUCUCUGUGUGAAUUUAUUUAUUUAUUUCCAGAGAGAAUAAAUGCCCGGUGAUCUAGGUGUUUUAGCAUGGUAUUAGGAAAUACAUGGUGUUGAUAUUAUCAAUUUCCACUUGAUUUAUUAUAAGAAUUUUAAUUUUAUCUAUUAUUGAGAAACCUUUUUUUUUUCUUCAUUAUUUUGUGUUAUACAUCAUAUUACACAUAUUUCCCUAUACCCUAUGUUUGACAGAAAAUGUGUGCAGUAUUAUUAUCAGUUCAUAAAUAUAUUUAACCAAUGUGCUACAGUUCUCUCUAUGAAUAUUUAAUGUAUGAUUGUAACAUUUAUUCUGUUCAUCAUUACCGAUGGAUUUAGGAUCAAUGUGAUGAGUAGUGUUGCAGUGGAGCUUUGAACAUUUUGUUCAUUUAAAAUGGUUUUGUGUGUAAUUGUGUGUAAUAUAUAUAUUGACAUUUUAUUAUUAUACUUGUGCUUAAGAUGAAGAACUUCUUCUAUAAGAAAAUGUUGCAUUAUAUAUAUAUAUAAAUUAAUAAUUUGGAUGUGGAAUUUACACCUUUAUUGUCACAGUUCUCUGCACUAUACUGAUCAUUAAAACUAUAAUUUGACAAAGGAAGAUGAUGUCUAUAAUUCAUAACAUACUUUUAGAAAUGAGUACAGUAACUGCAAAUGUGUGUGUUUCGUGCUGCUGAAUGUAUUGAGCAUAUACAGUCAUGGAAAAAAAUAUUAGACCAAUGUUUUCUUCAGUUUCUUGUUCAUUUUAAUGCCUGGUACAACAGAAAUA